UUCAGCUGCGGAAAUGCCGGCAAAACAAGAUUUUUGGAGCUGAUUGCUGCGUCGUUACUUUUAGUUGUGCUGAAGGGUCCUUGGUGUUGAAGCAAAGCUUUCUCGAUGGGGAUGAUUUUUUGAAAAUUCCUUGACGAAAAUUGACGCAAAGAAAGUUUGUUUAUUCAAAAUUGUGGAAAAAUCCGAAAAACGUUAUCACAAGGUGUAGUUGAAUAAUAACCGAAAUAAAUUCCAUCGUUUUAUCAGUUGAUCAAAAUUUGUCGAAAGGAGCGAUUCUGUUGUUAUUGGUAAUCAAAUUUGGAAACGGUGCAGUUAUUUGAUAAGGAUACUCGAGAAUAGGAAGCAAUACAUAAAGACGACAGUUUGGACUAAAUUGUUCCAGUCUUUGAUUUGGCUCAGAUUGACAGGCAUUAUCUAUCUAAAUUGGUUCUAAGUGCGGCUGUUGUGUAAAUACUAACUGUCGCUGACGGUUGAAGUCAGAUAAGGUUUCUUUGUCGCGAAUUGCAAAACGGACUGCGAUAUCGAUCUUUUACAUAAAAGUGACCUUUCUUUUGUUUAUUACUGACCUCAUUUUUAUAGGCUUUCAGAAAUAAUAAAUUUAAAAAAAAACCGAAAUUUUAUGAAGUGCAUGUUCUUAGUGAGGUAAAUUUAGUGACUAAAAUGUGGACAACAUGUGCAUGUGCAAUCGUUGCACUUUGUUUUUCUGUGGGAUUUUCCUCUGGACAUUUAUCGAACGAUGUUGGAAGAAAACUAGUAUCCCUGUCAUCAGAAAAUGGAAACGGACUCAGUGUUAUAAGCAGAUUCAUUGGUCGACAAAGUGAAUUGAAUGCAACAACAAACAACAACUGCAGUGAUUCAUCAGGAUCAGGGGGAUCUUUUCCAGCAGAUUUGUUCACAGAUGAACAACUGAAAAAUGGAGCUUUUAUAUUGUAUCUUGUCGGCGCCAUCUAUAGCUUCUCAUUUCUAGCAUGCAUCUGCAAUUAUUACUUCUUGCCAACAGUGGAGUGUAUUUGUGAAGACCUGAAUAUUCCGAAGGAUGUGGGUGCUGCGAUAGUUAUGGCUACUGCGGCCUGCCUGCCUGAUUUUUUUACAAACUCAAUAAGUACGCUUAUAACAAAUUCGCAAAUGGGUAUGGGCAGUAUAAUCGGAGGACUUAUGUACAAUACGUUGGCAGUACCAGGAAUAGCGGGUCUGGCUAUCAAAAAACCAAUCCAACUUGACUGGUGGCCUGUUUGCAGAGAUUCCGUAAUUUACAUAUUCCAUACAUGUGUAUUGAUGUUCGUCGUUUGGGGUGGAAUAAUUACUUUUACGGAAUCAUGUAUACUUUUAUUUUUUUGCAUUUUGUACUACGUCACUAUCAUUCUAACGAAUUAUAAAAUGAAGAAUAGACUGAGGACAUUUGUGGAGGAUCAGCUGAACUGCUGCAUAACAACAAGAUAUGAUUUUAAAACUCCUGGUGAGAAGAGCGCAAAGGGAAAGUUGCCUUUCCACAAGAAACAUAAUGAGCGUCCACAAUCUGGAGUAUACGUGAUAACGCCAACGGAAUUCACGCUAACUUCCCCGGUUAACACAUCCGAAGAUAACCAUAAAGUAGAAGAAGACAGCGAAGGCAGUGGCUCUAGCCCAUUCAAACUACCUAGAGGCAACUUUAUUUCGAAAGUUUGGUGGUGGUAUUCUUGGCCUAUUCGAUUUAUAUUGGCUUGUGCUUGCCCAAAUCCGAAAACCAACCGUCGUUUUUACAUGGUAACCUUUUUCGUAUGUAUAGUAUUUAUUGCUCUCAAUGCCUACUUUAUUCUAUGGAUGCUAACGAUUUUCGGUUCUUCUUUGGGAAUACCGGCGGUUGUUUCGGGUCUCACUAUAUUGGCAGCUGGGUCGGCUACUCCGGAAGCAUUCGCAUGUGCUAUUUCGUUGCGAAGAGGUGAAAGCGGUAUCGGCAUCUCAAAUGCUUUGGGCGCUAAUACUCUAGCAAUCGUGUUCUCCCUUGGCAUGCCAUGGUUCAUUAAAAGCAUUAUGAAUAUGCAGAAGGGGAUACCCGUCAUUUACAUUAGCACUGACAGUAUUGAAUACGUUAUUGGCAUCCUCAUCCUCUCAACGGUGACGCUUUUUGCAAUUUUCGCUAUUUCUGGAUUUCGUCUACGAAGAACCACUGGACUUGCCCUUUUAGUUGCAUAUUUUGUGUACAUUUCGCUGCAAGUGUUGAUUGAAAUGGAUGUGAUCUUCCCUUCGGAUGAGGGAUGCUAGCAAUAUGAGACGAUUUAGUGGCAGUUACAGCAAAUUAUACUCAUUCUUUAUAUUUAGUAGCGUUUAGAUGCAUUCACUAUUUAUUUUUAUAAUGUUUUACUUAUUCACUACUCAUGUUAUAUUUUUAUGCUGCCGAAUAAAUUUUUAAUUUUAGGGAUUUUCUUAUAAGAAUAAAAUUUGUCUUUUCUGAGCAAGUGUCCUUGACAAGUCAAAUGAUAAGCGUUUUGCAAUAAAGAUGAAUUUGGUUAA